ACCGUUGUGACGCUUAAUCCCAUCCCAUCUUUAAAGGUGGUUCAUUGCAUACUUCGUUCCCUGUCCGUUCAUUGCACCAAACCAAAACCAAUUGCUGCAUCAUGGACCAGUCGCUUCCUCUCCUCCACCAUCAGCAGUGGUGGCGCCGUAACCUCCGACUCAGAACCUCUGUUUGGUCCGAGCUCUCUGGUGCUGUCGGCGACCUCGGCACAUUCAUUCCCAUAGUCCUGGCACUCACUCUGGUCUCCAACUUGGACCUCUCCACCACUUUAAUCUUUACUUCCCUCUACAACAUCGCGACCGGAAUCCUCUUCGGUGUCCCCAUGCCUGUCCAGCCCAUGAAAUCAAUUGCCGCCGUCGCAAUCUCCGAGUCUCCUCACCUCACUCCUUCCCAGAUUGCCGCCGCAGGCGCCUCUACCGCGGCAACCCUCCUCAUCCUCGGCGCCACCGGACUCAUGUCAUUUUUUUACAAAUUCAUCCCUCUCCCUGUCGUUCGUGGUGUCCAGCUCUCCCAAGGUCUCUCCUUUGCCUUCUCCGCCAUCAAGUAUAUUCGAAAUAAUCAGGAUUUCACUGUGUCCAAGUCAACGGGUCCUCGCUCUUGGCUUGGGCUUGAUGGGCUAAUUCUGGCUCUCUCUUGUAUUCUGUUUUUAGUACUUACCACUGGUUCUGGCGAUCAUAACGAUACAAUUAAUGAUGAAGGUUGUAGUAAUACGAACUCUCGCGGGGGCCGAAUCAAUAGAAGAUUUCGGAUUCUUUCAGCAAUUCCUGCUGCUCUUUUGGUGUUCUUACUUGGGUUAUUCUUGUGCUUCAUUCGUGAUCCGUCAAUAAUCAAUGAAAUCAAAUUAGGCCCUUCGAAGAUACAUGUGCUAAAGAUAACAUGGGAGGAUUGGAAAAUUGGGUUUCUUCGGGCUGCAAUCCCACAAAUCCCACUAUCAAUCCUGAAUUCAGUUAUUGCAGUGUGUAAAUUGUCAGGUGAUUUGUUUCCCGAUCGCGAGUCAUCAGCUACGAAGGUGUCAAUCAGUGUCGGUGUAAUGAAUUUGGUGGGUUGCUGGUUUGGGGCAAUGCCAGUGUGCCAUGGUGCAGGUGGGUUAGCUGGGCAGUACAGGUUUGGUGCAAGGAGUGGUGCAUCAGUGGUUUUCCUUGGGAUAGGAAAGUUGGUUAUUGGAUUGGUGUUUGGGAAUUCUUUUGUGAGGAUUUUGAAUGAAUUUCCAAUUGGGAUUCUUGGGGUGCUUCUGUUGUUUGCUGGGAUUGAAUUAGCCAUGGCAUCAAGAGAUAUGAAUUCAAAAGAAGAAUCAUUUGUGAUGUUGGUUUGUGCUGCUGUUUCACUGACUGGGUCUAGUGCUGCAUUGGGGUUUGGGUGUGGGAUUUUGCUAUUUUUAUUGCUCAAGUUGAGAAGUUUGGAUUGCUCUAACUGGGGAUUCUUCAAGUUCAAGUCUCAACCUGCUGUUGAUGUAGAAACUAGGCUCAUUCCUUAAAAGACAUGUUGCAAGAAAGUGCUUGCCAUGGAAGAUUGGAAGUGCAAUAAAAUUUGGCAAUUGAUUAGGUUUAGCCAUGUGAGAGGUCCUUGUCAUCUUAUCAAAGUCUUGCUCUCUUUGAAGUCAAAAAAUAUCUGGCCAGAAAUGCCUGCGAUGAUUAUGUUUAUUGAUGGUUGCAGUGUAUGUAAUAUCUGUAAUUCUAUUUUCAAUUUAGUAUAAUACUGCUCAUAGUUCAGAAUCAGCAGCAGGAGUAAGAAAUUUGAUGCUGCUGAAGCUCAUACUACAAGGGAACCAGAGUUUGGUGAAGAAAGUAAUCAAAGCUGGCAUGAAAAAUGUACUCUGUCAUGACAGAAAAAUUAAGAGUGGUGCAACAGGCCUUAAUGCUCAACUCAUUGUGUGUUCUUCAAGUAGAAUCCUAUGAACAAUUAUAUAAUUGCAGAUUCCAUAAAUAAUAAACACUGGUUAUACUGGAA